UUUCAAAGAGUGGACGAUUCAUUGGAGGACCGGACAUCGCUAUAUUGCUCGGGUGGUCUGCUCCGGUUUAUCCUAUAGUAUAUAGGUCACUGCACCCUUCAAAUCAUUAAUUAACGUGACUAGUAGCAGCUAUGGCACAAGCGAAAAUCAACGCUAAAAUGAACGAUGCAUCCAAAGGCAAAUUCAGCCGAACGCUUUCGAUGGCGGACCGGUCCGGACGAUUACUGGAGAGUCUGGAUCAGAUUGAGACGAGGGUGGAGGCUCUUCGUGAGGAAGCCACUGCUAUGGAGCAGGAGAGAGAGUGUUUAAUUGAGAUGAUCCAGUCCAUACGAAACAGUCAGGAACUGAGGAGCGUUUGUGACGGGGAAAGGGAAGAGCUCUCUCUGACCGCCUCGAGACUCCUGGGCAGGACAUUAACAGUGAGCAUUUCUGUGGAUACGAUCCGAAACGAGCAGCAGGAAGAGGCCUUGAAGAAAGCCACGGCCAUCAUCGAUGAGAUCACUGGGAAGGUGCUGGAGGACAUGGAGGGGGGCAGAAAGCGUCUGCAGGCCCUUCACGCGGCGUGUGUGACCGACGCGCCUCCUGUGCCUCUGGAUCAGAAGUUUCAGAGCGUCGUGAUCAGCUGCGCCCUGGAGGACCAGAAGAAGAUCAAGAGGCGCCUCGAAACCCUCAUCAGGAACAUAGACCACGCAGAGAAAACCAUUCAAAUCAUGGAUAACCAGAAAGUUGAUCAUUCCAGUCUUAGCAAUGGCAAAUAGAGGCUGAGUGACUGACGCGCGCCACACGUGCCUUUCCCUGAUAGCACACCUACAUCACGGAGACGUCU